UUAACCUGAAAAUGCUUGUUGUUUUUUAUUUCUUGCUGAUGCUCAGAGUGACUCGAUGCAAGAACGAUCCGACUUUUGAGACAAAGACUGUUGAUGCUGGAAGAGACGUGGAAAUGGAAUGUAAACGAGAGGGUUCAGGGAGCCUGUUUUGGAUCAGGAUUCGUUCUGGAAAAUUUCCAGAAUAUUUAGGCAAAUCAUACAGUUUACCUAGUUUGGAUACUCAUAUUAAAACCUCAGAGCACACUGGAGCAUUUGUUCUGCAUAUUACCAAAGCAAAGCUUGGAGAUACAGGACUUUACUUCUGUAUGAAAACAACUCAACAAAACUUGAUGUUUUUGAAAGGAACAAAUUUGACGGUCAAAGCAGCAGAACCUGUUACCACUGCAGUCUCUACACCUGAACCAGUCCAUCCUGGAGAGUCUGAGGGUAAAACCUGUCCAGAAGAGCACAGUGUGUGCUGUUAUAGAGCUGGAUCACAUUCAGGAGGAUCUAAUUUUACUCUUGGAAUCAGUGUCGACCGUGAUGGAUUCUCAACAAUGAAAUGCAACUGCAGUUUCUUCAAUAACACCAGCUGUCAAGAUGAUGGAGCAUAUUUCUGUGCUGCGGACACAUGUGAGAAGAUAAAACCAGGAAACAGAUCAAACCCAGACAAUGAAGCAGUGCAGAGGGAUUUGCAGACAGACAACACAGUCCUCCAUCUGUUAAGUGCAGCUCUGGCUGUAAGCCUCAUAGUUAUAGCCUGUCUCCUUUACUCUUUGAGGAAUCUCAGGAAACAAUCUGGUGGUUGUAACAAAGUUGACGUUGUCCUGCAGAGUGGAACUGAAACAGCCCGUAAUGAUCAGCAAAAUCAGCAGGCAGAUGAGGACUCGUUGAUUUAUUCAGCACCAACCUUCACCAAAAGGAACUCUGGCAAAGCCGGAAUAAAGGGUGUAAGACCAGUGGAGGAAGAAAGCAUAUACGCCCAAGUCAGAGUCCCUGAGGUGAACUAAAAGCAAACACUUGAAUCAAGGGAAGAGAGAAAAAGGCAUCUGAGUAUUCAUUUAUUUUUGGGAGUUUUUUGGAGAAGGUGGAAAAAUUCUGAGAUUUACAUCAGAAUUGUUCUGUUUUUCUUGAACUCUGACUUUUCCUCUGACAAUUUAGAUAUCCCAAAUCUGAAUUCUGUCUAUUUUUCUCAUGUCAGACUUUAAUAUUUUCUGCCAUCAUGAUUCUCCUCAGAAUCUCUAGAAUAAUGUCAAAACUCAGAUUUUUCAGUUUCCUCAAAAUGUUGACUUCUUUUAUCAGAAUUCUGAGUUUCUUUUCAGAGACCUGAUUUUUUUUUCAGAAUCCUGAGAUUCUAAUCAAACCCUGAAGUCUGACUUUUUUUUAAUCUCAGAGUCUACACUUUCUCAGAUCUCUGAGUUCACAGUCAGAUUUGGGUCUGACCUAAAAAUUAAAGAAAAACAUUUCAGUGGCCCAAAUCCUCUCACAAGAAUUUCUACUGAUUGCUGCUGUAAAACGUUUGUGUUGUCAAUUUUGCCUGUAAAAUAUAUAUUUAAAUUAUUAUUAUUAACUUAAAAGUAUAUAUUUUUUAAUUUGAUAUUAUUCAUACGUGUUGUCGAGGAAAUGAAACCCCAUGAAUUAAAAAUAAUAAAAUAGUCAAGUUUUCAGCAGUAGAAGAGAUACGUUUUCAGAACUGAGCAGAUUAUUCCGAUGUUGUGUGUCCCUUCUGGCCGAUGACUAUUUAAAUAAAUGAAAGCCUUUUCAAAGUAUUGCAUUGUAGACAAGAUACCAAACCAAUAAUGGAAUAAAAGGUACAAUGUUCUACUUUAACUGCUCUUUGUUCAGUGUGACUGUCACGACUGCUCUCUUCUAGUUUUAUAUAUGUCUUGUUUGCUAUGUUAAUAUCCACUUCCUGUUUUUUGUAGUUUCAUCUUGCGGUUCAUGUCUUGUUUUACUUCCUGUGUGUCAUAUGUUAAUGUUGUAUUUUAUGUUUCUGUAGUCUAUUUCUCUUUGGUUCCCUUGUCUUUAGUGUUGUCUGUUUUAUUUUCUCAGUGCUGUCUCCUUGUGUAUAAUUUAUAGUCUUACUUCCUCUCUUGUCCUUCCUGUGUUUUCACACUACUGUGAUUGUGUUUCACGCGUGUUUGAUUCCUCGUGUUUUCCCCUCUCUGUGUUGGUUCAUUCGGUGUCUCAAGUGUUCCCGGCCCCGUCACCCUUGUGCUUUCUUUCUUCAUUCCUGUUUUACCUACUGUGUUUUUUGAAUAGUUUUUUUUACUGCUUGUCCUGUUUCCUCAAACUAUUUUGAGAUUAGAGUUUUGAUUUUUGGACUUUGAUAAAAGUAAGAUUUGUUUUGACGCUUGUUUAUUAAACAGUUUGUAUUUAUCAAUUG